AAAUUCUUUUGUUUGUAACAAAUCACAAAAUCCAUAGCCUAGAAAAAAUUGGCUAUGAAUAAAAAAUCAGCCUCAAUAUUUUUAACCAAAUUUCAAAUCGGAACUGUUCCAAAAUGUCAACUUUCUAAUUCUUUUGAGGUGAAAACCAAGGCCCUUGAGGAAGGAAGGAUAAGGAACCAAACAAAAAUAAUUCCAACAAUUUGAUACACUAUUCAAUAACUAAACAAAUUCAUUCCUACGAUUAGACAUGUCUGACACCUACGAUUAUAUAGAAUUACGUCAUUUUUUAUUCAAAUUAUUAUUGGUGUCCACGUGUAACUCUCCAUAAAUAAUUACAUACAUCAAGGUCAAGUCUAACACGGAAGAUUUCACAAGUCUUCUAUAGGAACAAUUGUUAGUUAAAUUUUGCUUAUCUUUGUCACGUAACAAUGUCACGUAAACUAUUAUCAUCACUACUUCGAAGUUGCACAACACAUUCCACUAUCUCACAAUGCCACGCCCAAACUAUCCUCCAAUCUCUACUUCCAAACGUCAUUCUUCAAACCGACAUCUUACUAGCAUACACUAAAUUAGGCCUAAUGGCUCAUGCUCGUAAACUGUUUGACAAAAUGCCACAAAGAAAUAUGCAUUCUUGGAACAUCAUGAUUGCUUCUUACACUCACAGUUCACUGUAUUUCGAUGCUGUAACUGUUUUUCAAGCCUUUAAACAAUGCGGCUCAUUGCCUGAUCAUUAUACCUUGCCACCAUUAUUUAAAAUUUCGAUAGGAAUAGGCGAACCUUGUUUUGGACGGAUGUGUCAUGGUUUAGUUGUAAAGCUUGGGUAUGAAGAAAUUGUUGUUGUAACUAACUCUGUACUUGAGUUUUAUAUCAAAUGUGGGACCGUGUCUCAGGCUUUGUCUGUGUUCUCCAAUCAUAAUGCUCAUCGGGAUUCAGUGACAUGGAAUUUGAUGAUAUCUGGGUUUGGAAAGGCUGGCCUGUAUUCUGAUGCUGUCCAUUGUUUCAGAGAAAUGUUGAAGCAUCAAAGUGGAUACGAGUUAGAUUACAUGACACUCCCUAGCGUUUUGAGUGCUUGUGGGAAGGAAGGGGAUUUGUUGAAAGUGAAAGAAGUGCAUGGUUUUAUUGUUAGGAACUUUGGUUUUCAUGCUGAUGCUCCCAUUGGGAAUGCAUUGAUUGAUAAUUAUGGAAAAUGUGGUAGCUUGAAGGACUCAGAAAAUGUCUUCAAGACCGUGGGCUGUGUAAAUUUGGUAACAUGGACGACUAUGAUAUCUUGUUAUGGGAUGCAUGGAAAGGGGGAGGAAUCAGUUUUUCUGUUUGAGAAGAUGAUGGAUGAGGGGUUUAGACCAAAUGCUGUUACUCUCACAGCUAUUUUAGCUAGUUGUAGCCACUCUGGUUUAUUGGAUCAAGGCAAGAAGAUUUUCAGCUCAAUGAUUUCAGAUUAUGGAUUUGAGCCCACUGCUGAGCAUUAUGCCUGUAUGGUGGAUCUUUUAGGCCGCUGCGGGUAUCUUGAGGAAGCGCUUCGGUUGUUGAAAAGAAUGAAGUCAUCAUCAGUGACAGGAAGCAUGUGGGGUGCCCUUCUUGCCGGUUGUGUCAUGCACAAGAAUGUCGAAAUUGGAGAAGUUGCAGCGCAUCAGCUUUUUCAAUUAGAGCCCAACAAUACUAGCAAUUAUGUAGCUUUGUGUGGAAUCUAUCAGUCUCUUGGUAUGGCUCGUGGUGUUUCAACUGUUAGAGCAAAGAUGAGGGGUUUAAGUUUGGUUAAAACUCCUGGCUGUAGCUGGAUAAAUAUUGCAGGAAGGGCUCAUAAAUUUUACCAAGGGGACCUUUCUCAUCCACUUUCUCAUAUGAUUUUCCAGAUACUAUAUGUAAUUAGCAAUACUCAGUUAUCGACUAAUGAUUUGGGAGUAGGAUAUUUGCUACAUGAUGAUGAUACCUUUGUUAUGGCUUAGUAGAACAUUAGAGGCAGUUCAUCUGAGCAGACAUAGGAAGAGAUCAGCAUCAAAGUAAUGCUGCUAAAUGUUAUGGUUUUAAGUUAUGAUUCUUUUCAGUUAUGAACGUCGACUAAUAUUAUACAAGGUCUCAAGUUUGUGAGUCCAAAUAUGAGUUGGAGUUGGGUGCCACAGAAGACACAAUAGGGUUAAUUGAAGCAGUUGUCGGUUUGUGCAAGCGUUCCUUCCAGUGGUGUCUUGUGAUGUAGAAUAAGAGUUUCAACCUCGCCCUUUGUAAUGGGAUCAAAUUUUCCACUGAGAAACCAGAUUGUGGAUAAAUUAAUAUUUGAAUUUGAAGUAGAAAUUAAGAGACAGAACGAUUUUCCAAAGUGUGAUGAGCCUUCGCGUUAGUGUGUGCGUGAAAAUACGCAUGAAUUUUUUCACUCAGUUGCCACGAGUACUUGCAAAACCACUGACUCGUGUUAAUUUUUCUCUUGAGAUUGUGGAUUGCAACCACAACAACAACAAUUGAUCUUGCUGCUCACAUUUCAGAUAUUCUUCUGAGAUUCAAUUGUCUCACAGUCAUCAAUUGUGUGAAACUUUGCUCAAAUUGAAGGAUUGACGAGGAAACGAUGAAGACGGUGUGCUUUGAUCACUAACUCAAUUUGCUAAAACCACAGCAGGUAGUUCAUAUAAUCAAGCGUGUCAGAAAUCUUGGUUGAGAUGGUGAUGUGCACCAUUAGGAACUUGUAACACCAUCAGAGAAGAAGAUGAAGGUGGUGGCGGAAAAACUAGAGAAGGAACAGGUUUCGUGGAUCUAACUAUACUCGGGAUACCAUUUUAGAUUUCAGUGUCCUCAGUGAAUAGAAGAAAACGAAUAACUGGAAUGGAAAUUUAUUUAUAAGAAUGUAAUUAAUUUACAACUGUGCCAGCUCAGCACAACAAACUAGCAGCCCGGCAAUACUUAGUUACAGGGAAAGGAUUCAGUGAUGAUGAUAUUGAGGAGAUCCAUGCAGUUGAAUCAUUCUUACCUGCCAAAUUCUUUAUCAAAGAUCUGGGCCAUCUCAAUUUCUACCUUUGAUUUUGAGAUUGCUGUCAAAGACCUCGAGCUCUCUGCCGUCACUAAAUCAGACCAAGCUGCAUGCCCUGAAUCCAAAAGGCCUGUAACUGUUUUCUCCAUACUGGGCCCGUCCCUCAUACGCUGUAAGUCAAAAAAGCAGACUACAGUAUCCAGAGCUUCAUCAGAAGCUAAAUAUCGUGCCUUUCUAAGACUUCAUGUGAGAUACAGUUGCUUCUUUAAUUGUUAGCGGAUCUCGAGCAUCUUAUGUCACAGCUGGUGCCCUGUAUUGUAACAAUAAAUCUGCAAUUUAAAUCUUCCAAAAUCGAAGUUUUCACAAGUACACUAAGCAUAUUCUACUUGACUGUCACUUGAGUAAUCUUCUUCAGCUCAACUUGCUAACUUACAUGCUAAAACACUUACUCCUGAUGUUUUUCAUAGCUUGUUAUUCGAGUUGUACAUGAUAGGUAUUUAUGCUCCAGCUUGUGGGGGUCGAUGAAUACUCAGUUAGUUAGUUAGUUACUUUUCUGUUAAGAAAAUAGUUGGUUCUGCUUUUUUACUUUUGCUUCGUUAGCUGUACCGUAAACCUUGAAUAUUUACCUUAUUCACAUUGAAAUGAAGUAUGAAAUUCAUUUAGCAA